CGGCUUUAUGCUACUUCCGCUUGCGGUUGUGAUUUGUGUUUGCACCUUGAUUCAACAGGCAAGCCGGUUGUUUCUAUCAAUAAACAUCUAGAAAUUUAUUUCUUCGCUGAAAAUGGGAAAGUUUUGGGGAAAGCUGCUAUUCUUAGUCCUCCUUCUCAUGCCGACGACGUUGAUGCUUGUAGAACAAGGCAAAGGAAGCAAUGUAGCUUUUGCUCAAGAUUCCAUGGAAGGUGAAGAUGAUGAGGCAACAGUUGAGACGGAGACUGCUGGAGAUGAAGAAAGUCCAGAAGAUGUUGAAGGAUCGGUAACUGGAAAGGAUGCUGAAGAAGCUGCUGAGGAAGAGGAAACGGAAACUCUAAAGCCUUCCCCAGAUGCAGAUACAUUUGUCCUUUUCACAAAGCCAGCCAAUCCUCUUGAAUUGCCUGCUGGUAAACAAGUGCGCAUCUUGGUUGGUUUCACUAACAAGGGCAAACUGGACUUCUUGGUGGACAGCAUGGAGGCUUCUUUCAGAUACCCCCAGGACUACAGUUUCUUCUUGCAGAAUUUCACCACCAUGUCUUUUGGCACUGUGGUUGAGCCAAGACGCCAGGCAACCUUUGAGUAUGGAUUUGUCCCAAAUGAAGCUUUCAGCUCCAGGCCUUUUGGUUUGUCUGUGACGAUCAACUACAGAGAUUCUGAGGGCACCAUUUUCCAGAAUGCUGUUUUCAAUGAGACGAUCCAAGUUAUUGAACCGGAUGAGGGAUUGGAUGGGGAAACAUUUUUCCUGUACGUGUUCCUGGCUGCCAUUAUCAUUUUACUUCUUGUUGGCGCUCAGCAGUUGGUUGCUAGCUUUGGUCGAAAACGUCUUUCGAAGCCCCGCCAGCCGGUUGAAAUGGGAACACAAAAUUCUGAUGUGGACUAUGACUGGUUGCCAAAGGAGACUCUUCAGGGUCUUAACAAGUCUCCCCGCAGAUCACCGAAGCAAUCACCAAGACAAAGGCGUAACCUCCGAUCGACAGGGUCUGGAGAGGAUUGAAUGAAUGUUGUUGUGCUCUAGUUUAUUAUAAAUAUUUGCCUCUUGUCUUUUCUGUCAGAGUCAUCACUAUUUAUCAUCGAGUCUAUACUUUGUAUAGCAACACAAAUUUUUCUUUAAAAUGCAAAUGCAGGAUUAAUGCAUGUUUAUAAGAGAAGUAUUUGUUUUCUCAUUUGGUCUCAAACAUUGUCCUAGUGAGUGAGGUUGCUGGUCAUUGGCAACUUUAUACUGAAAAUUGUAAGAUAUUUCUAUAUUCUACUGUCCUUUAUACGUGUUGCUGCGAUUUCUUUAUCAAUGAGGUGUUUUAAUGUUUGUUACUUUUAGUGUUUUCUUUCAGAGCUGGGUGUUGGGCUGUGUCUGUGGCAUCUGUGUGAGGCUGUGUGUGGAUGGUUGAGCAUAGACAGGGUUUUUGAAAGUGUACGGCUUGAGAUAUUAUUGCAUUGUCAUUUCGUAGCAUUUAUUUUGGUUUUUCAGCAGAAACAUGGCAUUGCUCAGCAAAAUUGGAGAUGAGUUCUUGUAUGCAAAGCACAAUUUGUUGAGGAAGCAUACUCGUGUAUAAUGUUCAUUCCAGUUUGUUAUGAGUGAUUGGUUGAUUGUGUGAUAACAUCGAACUUGCACUUUUUGUUUUCAUUGAAGAAUGAAAGGAAUAAAAUUUGUGGAUAUAUGUUUA